AUGUCUGCUAACGAUACAUAUCAAUCGCCAUUGGCGUCCCGCUAUUCUAGCGCGGAAAUGAAAAAGAUAUUCUCGAACCGAAACCGCGCAUCUACAUGGCGACAACUCUGGCUCUGGCUUGCGGAGGGAGAGAAGGAACUCGGUCUCGAUAUCUCGGACGAAGCAAUUUCUCAAAUGGCUGAGCACCUCGAAAUGACCGACGAGUGCUUCAAGGUUGCUAGUGAAGAAGAGAAGAAGAGACGACAUGAUGUUAUGGCCCAUGUGCAUGCGUUCGGGCAGGUGGCGCCGAAGGCCGCUGGAAUUAUUCAUUGGGGGGCUACAAGCUGCUAUGUUACUGAUAAUGCGGAGUUGAUCUUCAUGAAAAAUGCUCUUGAUCUGGUGUUACCAAAAUUGGCGACUAUCAUUUCGAAAUUGGCGGACUUUGCGAUCGAGUAUAAGGAUAUGCCUACGCUUGGAUUCACUCAUUACCAACCAGCACAGCUUAUCACUGUCGGCCGUAGAGCAGCUCAAUGGACACAGGACUUGCUUAUGGAUUUGGAAGAUAUUUCUCGAGUCCGGGAUGAUUUACGCUUCCGUGGAGCUCAGGGGACUACUGGAACGCAAGCUUCAUUUAUGGAAAUUUUCCACGAGGACGGAGAUAAAAUUGACAAACUCAACGAAUUCCUCUGCAAAAAAGCCGGAUUUCCCUCAUGCUACUCUAUUUCAACCCAAACAUAUACCCGUAAAGUCGAUUUGAGAGUUGCUAAUGCUCUUUCUGCUCUUGGAGGAACUGUCCAGAAAAUCACCAGUGACAUCAGACAUUUGGCCAAUCGUAAGGAACUCGAGGAGCCAUUUGAGAAGGAUCAAAUCGGCUCAUCUGCAAUGGCAUACAAACGCAACCCAAUGCGAUGUGAGCGUAUUGCUGGCUUGGGUCGUUUCCUUGCAAAUCAGAACAAGAUUGCCGUUGACACCUUCGCUGCUCAGUGGAUGGAAAGAACACUUGAUGACUCUGCUAUUCGUCGUAUCAUGAUUCCAGAGAUGUUCUUGAGUGCCGACGCUAUCUGCAUGACUCUCGACAAUGUGGUCAGCGGCUUGGUUGUUUACCCAGCUCGAAUCCAUUCAGCCGUUAUGGAAGAGCUUCCAUUCAUGGCCACCGAGAACAUUAUUAUGAAGCUGGUUGCACUAGGUAAAUCCCGACAAGACGCCCAUGAAGAGAUCCGUGUCUUGAGUCAUCAAGCUUCGGAUGUUGUCAAGAAGGAGGGAGGCAAGAAUGAUCUCAUCGAACGCAUCAAGAAGACCGAAUUCUUCCAACCUGUUUGGAAUGAAAUUGACGCCAUGCUCGACCCAAAGAACUUCAUCGGUCGUUGCCCCGAGCAAGUCACUCGUUUCUGUAGUAACGAUGUUGCGAAAGCUCUUGCGCCUUAUAAGGAGCAUAUCACGAAGAGCAAGAACGUCGAGCUCACUGUUUAA